CAGUCGGCUCACGCUGCCCGCGCAGCCAACCCGCGUGCGUCACUCCCGCGCUCCUCUUCCGACAACACGAUUCGUCGAUACAAAUUUGGAACGUUUUCGACCGGUAAAGUCGCCGCAACUGUCGCUUUUGAACUGCGAACAUUUGCGACUGCCGGGUCUAUUUUUGCAGUGGACAGUGCAUUGCUACAUAAUUUCGUUACGUUCAGUAAAAUAUCUUAGUAGAUAACUGUGAAGUGCCGUGUGUAAGCUUUCGUAGGUGUGAAACUGCAGUAUUUUUACUGUAUCAGUGAAAUGGAAUCAAUUCUGUGAAAAGUGUGAAGUUUUGUUCUGUACCAUCAGUGACUUGCUGACUUGCGGAUACGUUUCACCGGUUACGAGACAAAAAGUGCAUUGUGAUCGAAUGCAUGUGACUAUGGGGUAUUGAAAUGGCUUUUCCCCCUAUGCAUAGUCUGAUUUAUGAAUGAUCCCGAGACAAGCCGAAGAGUGGCAGGCGAAGAGAGACGGGAGACGCCCCGCCAAUAACAUGUAACCACCGACCCACAACCAACCAAAAACAAAACAACUCUUCAAAUUCAUGAGUCUACCCAGAUUACAUGAUCAAGACAACCCCUAGCAAAAAGUAUUUAUUAUACUUAAGUAAACGAAUCUAGUCGCUAACGCACUUGGAAUACGAAGCCAAUUAAACACGUUUUUUUAUAAGUACAAAAUUAGACUGAAGGAUUAGAUAGAUGAGAACAAAAGUGCUGAAGAGGAGAGCCGCUUGAAUCGAUUUGUAAAUAAAUUGAAUUUCAAAGAGGCUCAGCUAUAAACAUCAAGAUGUCUGCAAGUUUCGAGCCUUCAGCCAUGAAGAGCAGUUUCUCCCUAUCGUCGCUGGGCACCGCGCCCGCGCCCCCUGGCGGCCGCGCCGAGCAACUGGAGCGGCCCUACCACAGCCUCACUAAAAAGAGGAAGGAGCCAUGUCGCGAGGCGUGGCGCCGGAGCUGGGGCUCAGCGGCUAGCGGAGGCAGCUGCGGGGACGACCUGUGGCCGCUGCUGCAGCACCACUACGACUAUAUCAUGGAUAACCAUCUCAUUGAUACUUGCAAGGAAGCGAACGGCGAGCUAACGUCAGUAGUCAACUCGUUCAGUUCGCACCGCGCCUUCAACCGGCAGUGGAGCCUCAGUCAGCUGUUAGCCGAGUUCACUGACCUCUGCCGCUGGCUGAGCGACGUGCAGCGCGAGAUCUACCGCAGCCGCGAGAGCAUCGCCAGCCGCAAACUGCGCACCAACCGCAUGUCGGAGCUGAUCUCGCUGGAGGGGCGGCGCGCCAAGUUCACGGAGCAGGCCGCCGCCAUCGUGGACCGCAUCCCCGAGGCCAGCGCCGAGGUGACCUGGCGAGUGGAGCAUUUGAAUGUCAAGUGGGAAGGCCUCCGCCUGCUGCUCAGCCCAGAACAACAGAGCAAGGAUGAUGACGGCACUGAUGAUAGUGUUGACACGGCCCACGAGCUCCGGUGCCUCCGGCGCUGGCUGCACGGCAUGGAGGGCCGUCUGCCGCCGCCGUCGCUCGCCGCAGCCCGAGCUCAGCCCUACCACCACCUGCUGCGGAGGUUGAAUGAACAUCAGGUAUUGCAGAAAGACGUCGAAUGCCACGGCAGGAUAGUGUCGUCAGUGGUGCGACUGUGCGGCGGAGGUGAUGCGGCCAGAGCUCUGGAGAGACGCUGGCAUCUACUGUAUCUGCGGGCUAUAGAGUGGCAGUGCCAUCUGGAGGCGUGCCUGGCGAGGAUUGAUAAUCAGGUGGGCAUAACAGCGGAUGAGGCGAGCGACAGUGACUCGGAGCCGGUGCUGAAGCAGCCGCGCCUGUCUCGACGCGGGUCGCCACGACGGUCGCCGCGACGGUCGCCGAGGCACGAGCGACGCAGGCCGAGGCGACGGGACUCUGGCUCACAGGAAGAGAACGAGUACUCCGUGACGUACGCAUGGCGCUCCGACUCGGACAUUGAGCUGACGGACGACGGAUCCAACAUGGCGGACAACAUGGCUGACAACAUGGCGGACAAAAUGGCGGAGCGACGCGUGCCGAGCGACGGCGACGCCAUGGCGGAUAGACUCACUGACCAGACCGUGCCCGGCGCUGAUAUGAUUGAUGGCGCACUAAACCACACGGACCUAAACGACAGCAGGACGAAAACGCCACCGACAGUGAUCAAGCGAAAGAAACCCGUAAACACAUCGAAGUUCAACCAAUCGGACAGAAAAUCCAAAAACUGCGCCACAUUCUACUUCCGCCAUCACGAUACGGACUCUGACAGACAAAUGAUCGAGACUGAUGAGAAAUCGCAAGAAGAAUCGUCAGAGGAAGAAUGGACUUACGUCGGUGGCGCUAAGGUUGCCAACGAAGAUUCAACCGAUAUCAUGACGUCCUCCGUUGAAAUUCAGUGCGAAUUGCCACUGGAAAAAGAAGAGCCGAAAUCCAAUUUCACAACAUCAACACCGGAUCUGCUUCGCGACCAGAACCAGAACACUCGAUGCAAGGAUAUAGAGAGGCUGGUGAUUCAGGCAGAGGAAUUAGUUCAGAAGCAAGCACAACAGCAGAUGAUAAAGAAGAAAGGUAGAAGUUUGAAGCCGCUGAUGUUUGAUGAGGAAGGGAAGUCGGCCAACAGAGCCAAGAUGUCCAGGAUUAAGGAGUGGCUGAACCAGAGUAGUGAGGGGAAGAAUGAUAAUAAUCAGGAUCGUGAGAGCUACGACGCAUCAGGCGAAUACACUACUGAGAGUGAAGUGGACACCUCGUUGACUUCUGAAGAGCGGAACAUUCACUCUUCGAUGGAUAUGAGUACUUCCACUUGCACGGUGACUCCCACGCAUCAUGCUAAGGUGACGCUACGCAAGAAACGCGGCAACAACUCAAACCGCCCAUGGUCAGUCUCCUGCUUAUCACAACUAAGCGGCGUUGCCACAUCGCUCGCGGCCACGCCCACCGCUUGCGACGUUGCCGCUAUGGGCCGCACCAACAUGUCCAUAUCCGAGUCUGCUCUGAAUACGCUUGAGACGCAAGGCGUGGGUGGUGGUGAUGCGAAGCUGAGGGGAAGUUCUACUACGGUUCAGGGCCACGUGUCCAGUACCAACACGGUGACAGAAGCGUGCACAUCGUGCGUGGACGACAAGCCCGGCUGCAUGCGCCGCAAGAGACUGCUGUCCCGCCGGCGAGGUACCCCAGUGCGUCGCGAGCGGCUAGUGAAGUCGCUGUCGUUCUGCGGCCGGCUGAGCCCCGAGAUCGAGAUGGAGAAGAACGAGCGAAGCGCCGCCAGCGACCCCGCCACUUCUAGGAAGAAUCAUAGAUUCGACACAACAUCAACGUCAGGCAACGACAGCGACGACGAACUAAUUCGCCAGCAGUUAGCCACCAUAGCCCACCUGCGCAGGAGCAUAGAGAAGACGCAUAUAUCUGGCAAAGAGGACGGAACUAUCCCGGAGCAAAAUGAAGAGGGCGUUAGUGUCGCGCCGGCGUUUAAGUUGGGACCUAAUGGCGGGGAGGUUAGACCGAGGCACGCAAAAAGCGUAGACCGCGAGCGCAAUCUCCUAGCCAUGUCUCUCGGCAACCCCAACGAGAUGUGGGACCUUGGAGUCGACAAGGACUCCGAUGUGGAUAGGAGCGUCAACACCGGGACCGAGGAACAUAGCUCGUUUUCAGAGCAGGCUUGGGACUUUUAUCAGGAGAAAUACAACUCUGAGAACUACUCCGAAGCGCCCGACUCUGACGCGGCGCGUCGCCUUUUGGAGUUCGGCGACGACUAUCGAGCCUUCCUCGACUCACAGUCCGACUGCUGCUCCAGCCUGUCCGCCUGUCCGCCCGACCACAGCCCCACCCGACGCCGUCGUCCGACCGAUGUCCGCACCCACAAGAGACCCGGCAAGACGGGCGAUGUGGACACACCCACCCGCAAACCCAAGAAAAGCAUGUCGAGCGCUGAGAGAAAGAAGAAUCUGCUGGAUAGUCUCGAAAGGUCUAGGAAUAAUACGAGCAUUGAGAGCAAUGAUGGUGGGAGGAGGAGAAAGCCGUCGGAAGGCGAUCGGAAAGCUAAAAGGUCUCCAGAGUUUGAUCUUUUAAAUAUACAGGCGUUGAGUCGCAGGCGUCACAGCUCCAACUUAACUAGCGAUGAGAUCAACAGCUCUUUGGAGUACACCGAAGUGAAUAACAGACCGGAUUUGCUCGACUCCUUGAACAGGCGUAGGAGGAUUAUGGACGCGCAAAACGAGUCGGAGCUCCAAAAGGUUGCCUUGUCAGAGCUGCGUAGACGCUCGACGGAGAAUGUGGAUUCGGAAGACGAAUCCUCGAGCCCUAAAAAGCACAGUCGCAGGAACCACUGGAGCGGGGACUCGGAUUCGGAGUCGGAAGAAGUGAGGACGCUGAUUCAUCGGUCUAGCACGCAGCUUGAAGCGGCGGAGGCCAUUUUGGAGCGCCAGGAGUCGUCGCCUGACCUGCUCCGCGCAUUCGACUACACGGACAUCGUGACUCGAUGCCGGGAGAAUAUCAACUUGUUGGACGCAGCUCUGGCCGCGGGGAACCUGUCUGCCACACUGCAAAGAGAUAUUAGAGCGGUAUCCGCGCGAUGGUCGGCACUGCGGGUCGCGGCGACACGUCGCGGCAGCGCGCGCCGUCUGCGCCGCGAGAUGGCGGCACUACGCGACACGCUGGACGAGAUCUGCGACAACGAGGGCGGAGUGCCGCAGCCGCAUACCCGGGCCCAGCUGCAUAGGAGGAUCGAGGAGUUGAAGGAGCGUCUCUCCCGCCUCCUGGAGUGCAAGGUGGCGAUGCUCAAGCUGACGGUGUCGGUGCGGCGCGCCCUCGGGGACUCGGACGAUGACACGCUGGCCGGCGAGCUGGCCGCGCUGCUGGCUGCGUGGGAUGAGGCUCAUAGUCGGACAUCGAACGAGCUAAUCUCGCUGGAGAAGACAAUAUGCGCGUGGGCGGAAUGGGAGAGCGCACUGCGGGAGCUGCAGGGCGCUCUGAGGGGAGACCUGGCCACGGUGCAGUCGCUACGGGAGAGGGGAGGCACGGGAGACCAGACUGAGGUCGCCAAUCAGAUACGGCAACUCGCUGCGAGCUUGGUUGAUAAGAAGAAGGGCGGUUCAAGCUGCGACUCGCUCUCCGACUCGGGUAUAUCCGACGGGGACAGCGAGGGCGCCGGCGGGCGCGCGCGGCGCCUCUCCGCGCUGCGCGAGCUGGCGGCCAGACUGCAGGCUGCGCUCGCGCAUAACUCGCCCGCGCAUAAGGCUAUUACUAAGCGUAUGGAGCAAACGGAGAACGAAGUGAGAACGCUUCAGGAGUCAUGUCGCGCACUCGUCGAGCUCAGCAUUCCCGAUCUGAAGAUUACUGAGGAACCAAACCGCAAGGUAACAAUAGUAGCUGGUAACAAGACGGGCUCUGGUGACCCCGACUUCACCCCGCGAGGUAGCUGGGUGUGGCGCGUACUGCGAUCAUCACUGCCCAUACAACUGUGCCUGGUGGCCUUACUACUGGCCGCCUGGCUGGUCGAGAGACCUAGAUGCUGUGAUGCCUUGAACUCACUCGCCCAAACCCUGACCCCACAGCUCCGCUACGUCCAAGGCCCACCGCCCAUGUGAAGACAGAGAUAUGUCGUAGUUGGAUUUAGUAAUCUGUUUGUGAUGAGUAGGGCACUAGGGCUAGCACUAAAAAUUAACAUGAACGCGGAUAGCUGUUAUGGAAGUUUUGCGUUGAUGUUAGUUUGUGUUGCCGUCAGUUGAGAUUGAGUUGGUAGGUUGGUGAAUGAUUCGUGGAGGUCCAUGGACAUUAUGAGUGCAAUCGGGAUGAGUAUUGUACGCUUUUGGUAUGAAGUUACUUAUGUAACGAAGCGUUUUACUGUCCUAGAUUCGGGGCAUGGUUUCAAUCAGUUAUGUAUCAGUGACGCUAUGAAUAUAGUGAAAGAAUGAAAUUACCUUGUGUAAUGUGUUUAUUCUGAUUGUUACUGGUUAUGCCUUGAAUGCACUUUAAAUGUUGCUAUGGGGCGAAGAAGAGUUUUUGGAGAUACUUCGGUGUAGACAGAAAUGUCGUAUUUGUGGAUGACAUUGUAUUCUGUUAUACAAUGGUAGGUAGGAAACAGUAUGAAUAUUUUUUUAGUUGGUAGUCGGUAAACUUGAUAGUGUGGCAGUAUAUUGACGAUUUCGGGGACUGCUAUAAGUUACGAAAGUAGGGCAGCGAAAGAGCUUUUAGUAUUCUUUUACUAACAAAAUACUUUAGAGUAUAUUACCCGAGAGACAAUAUCUGUAGAAUUUGUUAUACCAUGUCUUGAAACAAAUACUAUCAACAUAUCAGUAUCUAAAGAUCAGUAAUAAAAAAAUUUAAAACUAAUUGUUACAAAUGAAUGAAAAAAGUUAAUUGAAUUUUAUAGAUUAUUACCGAUCCGUUACAAUACUAACAAAUUACUAUUGAUUGCUCACUUCAAAAAGUUCAAAUAAAGUGUUCCAUUAUAAAAAAUCAUCUGUAUCAGAUGUAGUUCAAACUAGUUAGUACGUUUAGUAUUAAAAUACUAACAAUCUGACAAGUUUUUAAUUAGUUUAGUUUAGACGCAUGCCUAUUUUUAGUACAAUUAUUUAAUAAACUAUUAAUAGGUCAGGAUGCGCUAUAAAACUAAGAUGUGUUCCUCUUUUUGACUAAAAUAAACUGUGGCCUUACGUAAAGUAUGACAAAAUAAGUUGGUAAUUUAAAGACUGAAUACCUGUAAUAUGUUUCAAUUUGUACUUCUGUCUCUUAUUACCUAGAUAUUAAAUAUAUUUUAGAACUAAAACGUAUACCUUCCCAGUUUUUUACUACAUAUUUUGUAAAACGUUUACAGUAUUUUUGUUUCAUUAAUAAUACAAUAUGAUUAUUUAAUUGACAUGUCAUUCUAAUUUGUAAAUCAAGAAAAACUCUAUAAUAUGAAAUUCGAAUCGUGUCUAUAUUCCCUAAUUGUUUUUCGCGUGCAAUUGUUUUUUUUUUAUUAUAUGAAGAGUAUUCUGUAUGAGUAUAGGUGUUCUGUAAGAAGAUUUUUAAUUCAUUCCAGUUACAUGUUUUGUUUCAUUUAAAAAUAAUAAUAUUUUCUUUAUUCAUCGCCAACAAAGUAAGAAAUAAGUAAAGCUGCCUUAAAUGUAGGAUUAAUUAAGUGUUAGUGACAAUGCCUAGGCAAAUCAUAUUUUGAAACUAUGAGACUACGAACAUUUUAUUACCUUCUACGGAUUUUAACUGCACUGUUUAAAUUGUGUAGUGGGCGCAAAUACCGGAAGGGUAAUAGAAUAACCACCAAUUAAUGCCUCAUUUAAUCUUCAAACUAUACCUAGAUACAUUGAUGAAACAUCCAAUUACAUUGUUAAAAACUCAUUUUACGUAAUUAUAAUCCAUCCCUUGGACCAUUUUACUAAAAUCGUUAAAAAAUAUUAAGUAAUAUUUCUCUUGUUUGUUUCAAGCAUUAUAUAAUGCACCUUUUAUUUCAAUUAAUCAAGAAAAUCCAAAAUAAAUUCUGUUUUCUGUAGUGUUAACAUCUUACAUUAGGACGAGGCUGAGGUUUUUGGAUUCAUACAUACGGCCUUAACCUUUUUUUUAAUUUUUGAUGAUUAAGAUCUUUAAACAUUAGAAAUGUGUGUAUAGCGCAUUCUAUAUUUGGAUGUGGUAGCUUAAAAAUGAAACUUUCUCUGUGGUUUAAAAUUAA